UGCCGCCCUCCACCAGUGCCACCUUCACCAGUGCACCCUACCAGUGCCGCUUCCACCCUUCACCAGUGCACCCUUCACCAUUGCCGCCCUUCACCAGUUGCCAGGUGCCUCCACCAGUACCACCUCACCAGUGCCACCCUUCACCAGUGCCGCGCUUGUGCCGCACUUCGCCAGUGCCUUCACCAGUGCCACCCUUCCGCCAGUGCGCCCGCCCCGGUGCCCUUCCUGCAGUGCCACCCUCCACCAUGCCACCCCUUCACCAGUGCGCCCCUUCACCGGUGCCACCAGUGCCACCCUCCACCAGUGCCGCCCUUCACUUCAGGUACCACCCCAGCCAGUGCCCUUCACCAGUUCCCGCCUUCCAGCGUGCCUCCACCAGUGCCAUCUCCAUCUGUGCCGCCCUCACCAGUGCUUCACCCUUCACCAGUUGCCUUGCCACCACCCACUUCACCAGGUGCCGCCUCCACCAGUGCCCUUCACCAGUGCCUUCACCAGUGCACUCCACCAGUACUGCCCCUCCACACCAGUGCCUCCGCCCAGUACCACCCUCCGCGUGCCUCACCAGUGCCACCUCCACCAGUGCCCUUCACCAGUACCCACACCCUUCACCAGUACCGCCUCCACCAGUACCGCCUUCACCAGUACCACCUCUUCAAUUCUUGCGCCCUUCACCAGUACUCCUCACCGUACCUCCUCCCAUUAUCAACCUUCACGGUGCCUUUACUGGUGCCGCACUCCACCAAAUUGUGCCGCCCUCACUACCGCUACUACAGUGCUUGCCCUCACCGUGCCACCUUUCACCAGUGGCACCCCUUCACCAGUACCUCCAUGUACCAGCCUUCACCAGUGCCUUACCGCCGGUUACCUCACCAGUACCACCCCUUCACCAGUUCCACUUCACCAGUGCCGCCUUCCACCAGUGCCUUCUUGGUGCACCAUUGUGCCUCCGGUGCCUUCACCAGUACCCACCCUCCACCAGUACCUUCCCUCCGCCGGUGCCGCCUUCACCAGUACCCACUUCACGCACCCUCAGCAGUGCCACCCUCACCAGUGCCGCCUCUUCCAGUACCACCCCUUCACCCAGUGCCUCACCCCAGUGCCACUCUUCACCAGUGCCACGCUUCACCAGUGCCACCUUCACCAGUGCCGCCUCACAGUGCCACCCCUUCGCCGGUGCCCUCGCCCAGUGCCUCCACCGUGCCUCCACUCACCCUCCGCCCGUGCCCUUCACCAGUGCCUUACGUGCCACCUCCACCGUGCAGGUGCCCUUCACCAGUGCCAUCCUAAACCGCCUCUCCACCAGUACUUCCCUUCCGCCAGUUGCCACUUUACCAGUGCCGCCUCCACCGAACAUCCUUCACCCAGUUCGCCACUCCUCCGUUACACCGCCCACUAGUUCCUCCGCCCCAGUGCUGCCCUCCACCAGUGCCACACCCAGGUUACCACCUCUGCCAGUACCAUCCACUGUACUUGGCCCACCCAGUGCUUGCCUUCACCAGUGCCUUCUUAGUGCCUCGCCGUGCCCUCCACCAGUGCCACCCUUCCAGUGCCACCCUCCACCGGUUCCACCUCCACCAGUACCCUCCACUGGUGCCUCACCAGUGCCCACUCCACCAGUGCCACCCUUCACCAGUGCCACUUCCCACUCACCACAGUGCCGCCCUCCACCAGUGCCACCUCCACCAAUGCCAUGCCACCAGUGCCUCACCACACCACCCUUCACCAGUACCGCCCUCACUGUGCCGCUACCGGUGCCGCCCUCCACGGUGCCGCCCUCCCACCAGUUUCACCCUCCACCAGUGCGCCUUCACCAGUACCCUUCCACCAGUGCCACCCUUCACCAGGUGCCUUCACCAAAUUCUCUCCGCAGGGUACCUCCUUCACCAGGUACCACCUUCACCAGUGCCGCCUCACCAGUGCCCACGCCACCGUUCCUUCCACCAGUGCGCCCUUCCAUGGUGCCACCCUUCACCAGUACCAUCCAUUGCCGGUACCCCUCCACCAGUGCCACGCCCUUCAUCAGGUGCCUCCACUGGUGCUUAACUGUGCCACCUCAUAGUGCCUCCAGUUGCCAGUGCCACCCUUCACCAGUGCCGCUCUUCACCGUUCCUACCCUCACCAGUAUAUUGCCAGUGCCUUCACCAGUGCCGCCCUUCACCAGUGCCACCCUCACCAGUACCACCUCACCGGUGCAUCUUCACCAGUACCGCCCUCCACCAGGUACUUCACCUUCACCCGCUACCGGGUGCCGCCUCACCAGUGCGACGCUACUGGGUACCUCACAGUACCACCCUUACCAGUGCCACCCUUCACCAGUGCCCUUCACCAGGUACCCUUCACCAGUGCCACCCUCACCAGUGCCACCUCCACCAGUUGCCGCCUUCACCAGUGCCUCACUCAGUGCCACCCUUAAGUUCUGCACCCUUCACCAGUGCCACCUUCACCAGUGCCACCUCCCGCCAGUGCCACCCUUCGCAGUGCCGCCCUUCACGCCGGUGCCUUCACAGUGCCACGCUACCGGUGCCUCACCAGUGCCACCCUUCACCAGUGCCGCACUUCACCAGUGCCGUGCCCUUCCACAGUGCCACCUUCACCAGUGCCACCCUUCACCAGUGCCGCCUUCACCGGUGCCACCCUUCACCAGUGCACCUUCACCGUGCGCCCUUCACCAGUGCCACCUCCUGGUGCCACCUUCACCAGUGCGCCCUUCACCAGUGCCUUCACGCCCAGUUAUACCCUUCACAAGUCUUGCGCCCUCACCAGUGACCACCCUUGCAUGUGCCACCACCAUGUGCCGCCCAGGUGCCUUCCCAGUGCCUUACCCGUGCCUUGCCGUGCGCUUUGCCUUUGCCAAUUACCACCUCGCGGUGCCCACCCUUCACUGCUGUGCCAGGCCCUCCACCAGUUACCACCCCUCCACAGUGCCACCUUCACCAGUGCCGCCUUCCACCAGUGCCACCCCUCCUGGUGCCCCACUAAGCGUGCCUUACUUGUUACGCCUCCACCGUGCCACCAGUGCAGCCUCUCCGCCAGUGCCAGCCACCAGGUUACCCACCUUCACCAGUGGCCCUUUCCACAGUUACCACCUUCCACCAGUGGCACUUCACCAGUGCCGCCCUUCCACCAGUGCGCUAACCGUGACACUCACAGGUUGCCUCACCAGUGCCUUUGCGCUAGGUGCCCUUCAAGGUGCACUUGCUGGUGCCGCCCCCCGUGCGCCUCCACCAGUGCCGCCCUCACCAGUGCCACCUUCACCAGUGCCGCCUCACUGGUGCCACUCACCAGUGCCGCCCUCCACCAGUGCCACCCCUUCAAGAUUCGCGCCCUCCACCAGUGCCCUCCACCAGUGCCACCUUCACCAGAGUACCGCCUUCUCACCAGUGCCGCUGUGUGACAAGACUCACCAGAAGGUGACGGAUUCUUUGAUGGGCGGGACAGGGCGUGGUGCUGGCCUGCCGUUAUCAGACUCUGGUGAGGCUCCAUCCCCUGUUGAGAGCCGGGUGGCAGUGCUGGCAUUGGUGGGUCGCUUGUCCCGUCAGGUCUGGUCCAGGGUUGUUUGCCCAGUGCGCCCUCCAUCAGUUGCCCAUUCACCAGUGCCGCCCUCCAUCAGUGCUGCCCUUAGCAGUGCUGCCCUCCAUGAGGCCGCUUCACCAGUGCUGCCUACUCCAGCUGUUUACCCCUAUCAGGUGCCCUCCACCAGUGCCACCUUCCCCAGUGCCGCCCUCCAUCAGUGCGGCCUCCACCGUGCCUUCCCAGUGCCACCUCCAUCAGUGCAGCCUCCACCGUGCGCCGCUACCAGUGCUGCCUUCACCAGUGCCACCUUCCCCAGUGCCGCCCUCCGCUGGUGCCCUUUUCCGUCGGUGCCUUCACCAGUGCCCUUCACCAGUUUUGCAGGUUGCACCCACUCCAUCAGUGCGCCCUCCACUAGGUACCACCCUCCAUCAGUGACCUCACAGUGCCGCGCCCCCCCCAAUGCCACCGCAAAAAGUAAGUGCGCCCUCCACCAGUGCCACCAGUGCCGCCAUCCAUCGAGCGCUACUACGCUACCAGUGCCGCCCUCCACCAGUAGCGCACUCCAUCAAUUGCGCACUAGUGCCACCUCCGCCAGUGCAGCCCUCCACCAGUGCCACCUCCCCAGUGCCCACCCUCCAUCAGUACCGCCACUCCACCAGUACACCUUUACCCGAACGCCUCCAUCAAUUACCGCGCCCCAGUACCGCCUCCCAUCAGAUGCCGCCCUCCACCGCCUCCAUCAAUUUGGCCUCCACCAGUGCCACCUUCACAGGUGCCACCUCCAUCAGUGCAGCCCCUCCACCAGAGCGCCACGCUUCCCCAGGUGCCUCAUCAGUGCGACUCACCCGUGCCACCUUCACCAGUGCCCUCCAUCAGUGCAGCCACUCCACUUCAGUGCCACUUCACAGUGCCGCCCUCCGCUAAUUGCCACCCUCCAUCAGUGCAGCCCUCCACCAGUGCCCGCCUUCCCCAGUGCCGCUUCCCCAGUGCCACUUUCCAUCAGUGCAACCUUCCACCAGUGCCACUUCCCCGGUGCCGCCUCCAUCGGUGCAGCCUCCACCAGUGCCACUUCCCCAGUGCACCCUCCAUCAAUUUGCAUUUUCAGUGCUGCACUUCCCACAGUGCCGCCCUCCGUCAGGUGCCACCACUCCAUCAGUGCCGCCCUACAUCGGUGCCGCCUUCACCAGUUGCCGCCCUCCACUGGUGCACCCUCCAUCAGUGCAUCCCUCCAUCGGUGCCGCCUCCACCAGUGCCACCUCCAUCAGUGCGCACUCACAGUGCCACCCCGCUGCAGUGCCACCUCCAUCAGUGCAGCCUCCACCAGUGCCGCUUGCCCCAGUGCCAUCAUCGGUGCCUCAUCCAGUGCCGCCCUCUCACAAGUGCCGCCUUCACCAGUGCCACCCUCCAUCGGUGCCGCCCUCACAGGUGCUGCCUCCACCAGUGCCAACCCUCCAUUGUGCCCUUCUCCAUCGGUGCCGCUUUUCCAUCGGUGCCGCCCUCCACUAGUGCCGCCUCCACCGGUGCCCUCAUCAGUUGCCACCCUCAUCAGCGCCGCCCUCAUCAGUGCGCCCUCCACAGUGCACGCUUCCACCAGUGCCGCCACUCCACCAGUGCCGCUCCACCAGUGCGCUCGCGUGCCGCCCUCAUCCGUGCCGCCUCCACCAGUGCCGCCUCCACCAGUGCCUUGUGCCUUCACCAGUGCCGCCCUCCACCAUUGCCACCUCCACAGUGCCGCCUCCACCGUGCCACCUUCCACCGGUGCCGCCCUCACCAUUGCAGCCCUCACAGUGCCACCCUCAUCAGUUCCACCCUCCAUCAGUGCCUCCACCGGUGCCGGCCUCCACCAGUGCCGCGCUUCCAGUGCCGCGCUUCCACCAGUGCAGCCUCAACCAGUGUCACCUUCCGCCAGUGCGCCCUCCACCAGUGCGCCUCACCAGUGCCACACUCACCAGUGCCGCCCUCACCAGUUGCAGCCUCACAGUGUCACCCCUCCUCAGUGCCGCCUCCACCAGUGCAUGCCUCAGCUGGUGCCGCCCACCAGUGCAGCCCUCCGCCAGUGCCACCUCAUCGGUGGCCUCCACCAGUGCGCUUUCCGCAGGUGCCGCCCUCCAUCGGUGACCUCCCUGUGCCACCUUCCAUCAGGUGCCUCUUUGAAGUGCCGCUUCAUCGGUGCCGCCUUCGGUUACGCCUCCACCGGCCCCUCCUCCAGUGCCGGGUUCCACCAGUGCUUCCCCACCAGUGCCGCCCUCCAUCCAGUGACGCCUCCACCGGUUGCCCUCAGUGCUGCCCUCACCAGUGCCACCUUCCACCGGUGCCGCCUCCAUCAGUUGCAGCCCUCCACCAGUGCCACCUUCACCAGUGCCACCUGUGCCACCCUCCAUGGUGGCCCUCCACCAGUGCCACCUUCCACCAGUGCCACCCCUCAUGGUGCGGCCUCUCCCGGUGCCGCCUCCAUCAGUGCCGCCUCCACCGUUGCCCUUCAGUGGUUGCAACCUCCACCAGUGCCACUUCCACCGGUGCCACCUCCACCAGUUACACCUUCCCCAGUGCCGCCUCCUGUGCCGCUCCACUCAGCCAGUGCCACCUUCACCGGUGCCGCUCCACCAGUGCCGCCCUCCGCGGUGCCACGCUACCAGUGCCGCGCCUCCACUUCGGUGCGGCCUCCACCAGUGCCUGCCCGUGCAACCCUCCAUCCAGUGCAGCCUCCACAGUGCCACCCAUGGCAUGCCCUCCACCUGUGCCACCUUCCACUAGUGCCGCCUCCACUAGUGCCGCCCUCCACCAGUUCCACCCUCAACAGUGCCGCCCUUCACCAAAGCAGCAGCAGGGGCAGCGGGCGCCACAGCGCGUGCUCAACAAGGUUGUUGUCGGUGUACAGAGGCGAGACAAGGUUGUAUUCAAGAGUUGUGGAAGCUGACUCAGGUUGUGAUACACGACAGGUUGUAGGUGUUGUUCAAGUGGGUAGCCUUCGUGGCACUGUUUCAGAUCGUGGUGCACAGUACCAGUGGCGUCCUCGUGGCACUGUGCUGGUAACGUCCUCGUGGUCUUUGCCGGCGUCUCGUGGCACUGUAUGCGUCCUCGUGGCUGUGCUGGUAUCGGUGGCACUGGCUGGUAUCGUCGUGGCACUGUGGUAUCGUCCUGGUUGGCUGUGCGUGGCACUGUGGAUCUCGUGGUACUUUGCUGCGUAUCGUCCUCGUGGCACUGUGCUGGUAACGUCCUCGUGGCGCUACCGCCGUCGAGAUCCUCGUGGUGCUGUUACCUGUAGCGUCCUCGUUGGCACUGUAGCAGUCCUCGUGGCACUGUGCGUAACGUCUCGAACAGCUGAUCCUCGUUGGCACUGUACUGUCCCUCGGCACUGUGCUAAUGUAACGUCCUCGUGGCCGCUGGUAAUUCCUCGUGGUACUGUGCCUAGCGUCCUCGUGGCACUGUACACAUCCUCGGCACUGGAACCCUUCCAAAGGCCUCCGAGCCUCAAAGGCCUCAGACCCCUCCAAAUGCCUCCAGACCCCUCCAAAGGCCUCCAGACCCUCAAGACCUCCACCCCUCCAAAGACCUCCAGACCCCUCCAAAGACCUCCAGACCCCUCCAAAGACUCCAGACCCCUCCAGCCUCCAGCCCCUCCAAAGACCUCCAGACCCUCCAAAGGCCUCCAGACCCCUCCAAAGACCUCCAGACCCUCAAGGCCUCCAGACCCCUCCAGGCAUCCAGAACCCUCCAAGGCCUCCAGACCCUCAAUUAUCCAGUAA